CUAAGAUCGAGAGAUGGAAAACGUAUUUAGUCGUAUAUGGGGUCCGAACCCACGACUGCAGAUAUAAUUUAGUAACAGAAGAGCAAGGUGGAGGAAACAAGUUGAAAAGCUUUCAGAAUCUUCAAGAGUCCAUAUGUACCCGUCUUAUGUGGAUUCUUCUUUACAGCAAAGUAAUUGUAUCUGGUCCGGUUCUAUGGCCAAUCCUCCGGCAUCUAAUGGUUUCACGCAAUUGAAUUUCUCUACAUUUAAGAUGGAACCGUACACCAAAGACUUAAAUAUUCAGGUCAGGGUCGACUUAACCAGUUGGGAGGAGUUUUUAUAAACGGUCGACCCCUCCCUAGUCACAUCAGAUUGAAAAUUGUGCAAAUGGCAUCUGCAGGUAUACGUCCUUGCGUCAUUAGUCGCCAGUUGAGGGUGUCACACGGGUGCGUUUCCAAAAUUCUCAACAGAUACCAGGAAACAGGUAGCAUCAGACCGGGUAUGAUAGGAGGUAGCAAACCCAAGGUCACCACUCCAGCUAUAGAAAGGACCAUCGGACAGUACAUUCGUGAAAAUCCUAAUCAUUAUACCUGGGAAAUUAGGCAACGUUUGAUAUCUGAUGGAAUCUGCGAUAAAAAUAAUGUUCCGAGUAUCAGUUCCAUAAGUAGAUUAUUAAGAAACAAUAGAAUAAAGGAUAAGAAAGCGGAUCAUAGCAUCCACGGUAUCUUGAAUGACAAAUACAGUGAUUCUGAUUGUGAAUCGGAACCGGGAAUAGAACUGAAAAGGAAACAACGCCGAAGUAGAACAAUUUUUACUUCAGAACAACUUGAAUCACUAGAAUCUGUUUUUUGCAAAAGUCAAUAUCCGGAUAUUUACUUAAGAGAAGAGAUUGCACGUAACACGAAACUAUCGGAAGCCAGAAUACAGGUAUGGUUCAGUAACAGAAGAGCAAGGUGGAGGAAACAAGUUGAAAAGCUUUCAGAAUCUUCAAGAGUCCAUAUGUACCCGUCUUAUGUGGAUUCUUCUUUACAGCAAAGUAAUUGUAUCUGGUCCGGUUCUAUGGCCAAUCCUCCGGCAUCUAAUGGUUUCACGCAAUUGAAUUUCUCUACAUUUCAGAUGGAACCGUACACCAAAGACUUAAACACUCAGAUAAAUGUGGAUGGAACCACUCCGCACACCGGGUGUUUACCACCUACCGAAUAUCCUUACCCUAUACCACCCAUUGUGUCCAACGAAUCCCUGACAUUGCAUGAUGUGUCCAACUGGAAUCACACCCAUUACUCGUCAACUAGAGAAAAUUACAGUUACAUUAUUACUAAUGGCAACGGCACUAUGUCAGAGGUCAAAGGAUCUCAUUCUUGGACAGGACAAACGUUAACAGCCACUCAAAUAGAUAAAAAUUUAGAGAUGUCGUGUAUGGCACUCGACCAUCUUCGUCAGAAAUCCAGGCAACACGUUGCUGCACUUGGCAUUUAUUAACCUGAUGCAAGGUUUUAUUAUUCCCCGUUUUAAUCUACGCAAAUUAUUUGUAUGAGAUUGAAACUUCUAUUUAACAUUAUCUCAGGAUUUAGCCCACCAUUUAAUGCUUUCUCCGCAACUUAAAAGCCCAAAUUAAUAGCUUCUCUUAGGGUUUAUUUAAGGAAACUGAUAUCAAGUAUGUAAAAGUAUAUCUGAUUUGACUUGAAAAAAUAUUAAGGAAUCAUAAAAAAAUCUAAUUUAAUUUAUCAUUUUCCAAUGACAAAAAGACAAAAAUAUACAAAAAAGAUAACAAGUGUCGGGAAUCUUUAUAACGACAAGGCGUUUUGGAAACGUUAAAUCGGAGCAUAAUUGUUCCUCGAUUUAACGUUUCAAGUGACGUUUUUAGGGGUGAAAAUGGAAUCACUGGCUCCAUCUGUUGUUAAUUCUGCAAAAUUCACGAAUGUUUCCAAAGCAGAAAUUUUCUAAUAGAAUCAGAAAUAUGCAAUUUUUA